AUGAGCGCCAACAUUUCUGACGAUCAAAUGGGCGAGGAGGCUGAGUCUUCAAGCCAGAGAUUUCCAAAGGUUGAAUACAAUCAACCACUGUCAUCGCCCUACGAACUUCCAACCGCCACUUUCUUCAUUGGAACCAAGCAAUACACCAUCCCGUCCUUCUAUCUCCAGAGGUAUCCUCUCCUCGAAGAUAUGCUUAAAUCCAAAAUUAUGUUGCUUUCCUGUGUUCCCGAAGAUAUUAGCCACACAUUGGUGCAUUUCUUGUAUACAGGUGCUUAUGAGACUAUCGACUCGCCACUACCUAAGCACCUGUCUUACGUAGAACGGGAAUACCAAAGAAGCGUCCAAGUCUAUCAUACAUGCAGGAAGUACGGCCUUCCCGAUCUAGAGACACUUGCCGAAAAAUAUAUUGAAUAUUUCGGCAAAGCAAUGACGACGGUUGAACUUAUAAAUUCAACCAGGGCGGCCUUCUAUUUACUUCCCGAAGACGAGAUUUGGCUUCCAAAAUAUGUCAAGAAAGUCCUUCGACAAGAAUAUGUGUCUGAAAAUCCACCGCCUAAUAUUCGUGAAAUUGCCAACACUGGCACUGGCAUGAAAAGCGAGUUGUUUGGCACAGCACUCAUGGCGGCUGUGAUUGACAUCCUCUCUAGCCAAGUACAGCAGUGCAUGAAAACCCACAAAGUGCACUUGGAUUCUCUUAAAGUUGAGGGCGACACGGAGCCUGAGUAUGUGGCAGCGAGCGAUGCGAGCACCGGAGAACACGUUAUAUGGCCAGAGGGGCCUGCUUCCACCGAGGCUGAUGAUGUGGUGAAUGGGCUGCCUCUUACCCCAGACGAAAGUGCGGUUGAUGACCAUCCUGACUCCUCUGUCCAAGCCCGCAGUGCCUGGCAUACCGUCGAGUCUCCUGCAAGUGAUGUUCGUACGAUGGGAUGGACUGGUAAUUCUUACAAGAAUUUCGCUUAUGUACCUCAUCCUCUCUAUGAAGGUCGCUAUAUAUACGCAGCUUCUGAGGAGCCUGCCCCGGAACAAGAGCCUGCCCCGGAACAAGAGGCUGUCCCCGAAGAAGAGGCUGUCCCGGAAGAAGAGCCUGUCCCGGAAGAAGAGCCUGUUCCGGAAGAAGAGCCUGUCCCUGAGCCUGCCGACGAGCCUGCCCCGGUAGAAGCGGUCAUCCCUGAGCCAGUUCCAGAGGAGGCUAUCGCCCAGGAGCCCGUGGCUGAAGUUAUUGCUGAUCAAGCGACCCCGGACAGUCCUCUAGUGCCAAACUCAUAUUUGUAUACGGGUUGGAAAGAUCUCACCCCCAAGAGAAGGAGAGCGAGGACCAAAAAGCUAAAGGCAAAAGGUCUUCCAGUCCCUGACGGAAAUGGUGUUAUUUCAAUAACUUUGUAA